UUCUACAUCCGCUACAGUUGCCGUUAAUUAGUCGUUAACUCGACAUAAUCCAUUGCCCACUGUCACAUCGCUCUGUUUACGAAGAGUUAACUGUAAUCACCAAGUUGAUCGAGUUUUUUGAGAUAGCAUAAGCGAGACGAGUGUCAUUCUGUUGAGAAGAUUGAUAGCAGUGAGAUGCUUCGCGCUUUGGGAGCGUCUUUCCUGGUUCUAUGCUUUCCAUGGAUCGGGCUUUUGAACCCAGUGAAAUCAGAGCCCUCACGAUCUCAGGACAACGUUAUGGAUUUAGGUGUUGUGGAAGAUUUAGAGAACGAGGAAAGGAAACACGAGAGUAACUGUGCGAGCACUCGCCGAGUCAAGCGAUAUGAUCACUCGAGGUUUCCUCCGAAUCGCCCGACAAGCACCCAAUUUGGCAAGGCACUUAGAUUUUUCGGCCAAGAAGCGAUCCGAUUCACUGCAGUGAAAAUCCCAUCUCGGGAGUUCACAAUCGAAUUUUGGGUAAGACCCGAAGGAGGCCAGCAUUCCCCCGUGCCUAUAUUAGGUCUUUAUGACCUGUGUUCGUCUGAGUCGAAAGAUAGGGGAUGGAGAAUCGGUCUAGUAGAAAAGGCACCAGAGAAGAGUGUGCGUCUGUUUUAUAGCUUACGCACUGCACGCUCAAAUCGUAACACAACACUUCUUUCAGACCGCCGCGUCGAACCACAUCAUUGGGUUCACGUCGCUGGCACGUAUGAUGGCCGAUACAUGAAGUUUUACAUCAAUCAAGCCAAGGUUGGUGUGUCUAGCGACCAGAAAGGACAUGUCUUCGCGUCACCGCUUAUUUCUGAGAGUUGUGAAGUGAUAGAAGCUGGCGGAGAGCGGCGCAUGUUGACGUACUUUCGAGGGUCAAUCGAUCAAGUCAAAUUUUGGUCCGUGCCUCGAACCCACAAGGAGAUUAGUGAAGAAGUCUUUGGUAAAAAAACAAAUCCCGCCAAUUUGAUAUUCGUCGAGGACUUUUCGGGGAUCGGGAAUAAGAUUCUAUCGUGGUUGACGAUUACUGAGACGGCACCGGAAAUUGUUGAGUCGACUAUCCCGAGCGAUAAGCACGACCUCGCGCUCGUUCGUCCUCCUUGUGGGUCCACCGUGUGUGAUAACCCCGAAGUCGUCCGCAGUUAUGUCAACAACACGCACUUACGACAGCACAAGACCCUGCGCUUUCGUGUGAUCAAUGUUAUGAACGAUGACGGGAGUGACCCUAUCGUGAGCAAGGCGCAGAUACGCCAUCAGACGAAGACGCUUAACGACGCCUUCAGUGUGUGGAAUAUCACAUGGGAGAUGCAUGAAGUUGAAGUAAGGAAUACGUCACUAAGAGGCAAGACUGUGCUUUUUAUGUGUUCCCCUAGCGAGAUCGGCGACAUGCGAUGUAAUAAGGACUACUGUAACCUCCCUAUCACGGGCUACGACGGCGGAGAUUGUAUCGAAGGGGGUUAUAACAAAUGCGACCCCGCCAAGCGCGGGAAUGGCCAGUGCGACCCUGAGUGUAACAGACAUGACCAUGCCUGGGAUUACGGCGAUUGCUGCGACCCCUCCAUAACCCUCACGGAUAAAACCUGCUUCGACCCUACCUCUCUCUAUCGGGCUUACUUGUCACUAAAGGAAUACAAGGAGCUGUUAAAUUUCGACAACGCGAGGUUUCUGAAUGUGUACUUUAAGCAGUGCGGGGACAACUGUGAUGAGACUUUCCAAGGUACGGCGACGUUCCCUUGGGAAAACACGGUGCAUAGUGUACUAGGAGGUGUCCUUAUCAAUCCUGGGUACUUCGGACAGAAGGGGCACUCAAACUCUAUCAUCCACGAGUUUGGCCACGCCCUUGGUCUAUGGCACGUACACAGGGGGGUGACGGAGCUAAAGUGUACGGACGAGUGCCACGAGACAUUCCCUUCGAUGGAGCUAGGGGAUCUAUGUUCCGAUACCAACCCCACCCCACUGAACAAAAAAUGCCGCGACCCCGCCCUUAAACGUAAUGAUAUGGUGUGCGGGAGGAAGUACUUCCGGGAUACGCCCUUCAGGAACUAUAUGAGUUACGCGGACGACUCGUGUACGAACUCCUUUACGCCACAGCAAGCCGCUCGCAUGCACUGCUAUGCCGACUUCAUCUUCCAAUCGUGGCAAGCCCAGAAGACAGGUCCUUCCUUCAUACCCAUCCCCCCACGAGUCACGAGUGAGACCCCCGGAUCUGUCUCCAUUGCUUGGAUCCCGCCUCUAGGGACGGGGGGUGCAAACGCCAUGAACAUGUGUCAUCUGUGUGCCAAGGAUGAUAUCCUGGAGCAGUACGCGGUGACGGCGUUCUCGCCCAUCAAGGAGAACCGCCCUAAUGGCUACUGGGCCCCACAGCAGGCGCUAGGUGCACCCGAUGCCAAGCGCUGCGUGCUUGAUCCUAAGGCGUGGAACCCGAUGCAGAAGGCCCCCAGGUCGUGCCCGAACUGCUACAUCGAGCUGGGAUUUAAGGAAGCUAUCAUCCCUACCGAGUUAUCCAUAUGGGUCACAUGGCACCCCAAAAAUGGCAUCUCCGAUAUCUGGUUGAUUUUCUUCGACGGAACUCACGAGUCCCUUGGUAACGCGACUGCGCAGUGCGACUCACCACUGACCAUGGCAGUGCGGACGCAUAAGAAGGUUGUGCGCGUGCGCAUUUACACUUACACAAGCAUCGAUGCCGUUAAGCUGACGUCAUCGGUGUCUCAUCCAAACUGCAGGCGUUGUAAACCUGUUCAUUACCUGGUGUCCCGUGAUCCUCCCUUCCUGGACGGCCAGGAACAAGUGACAAAGACAACAGGUCUACGAGAUAGCUCUGUAAAACAGGGACAAAGCUACACGUACACAGUCCGUGCCGUGACAAGCUCGGGCCUGAAGAGCCCGCCAUCCCCACCGCUGACCUAUACACCCAAGCGAGGCUUCUGUGGGGAUGGCCGCGUGGAUGAGAAGGCUGGAGAGGAGUGUGAUGACGGGAAUGUGAGGGAUGGAGACGGUUGUAAUAUGCAAUGCAAAAAAGAAGACGUAUUUCACUGCGAGGGGCACCCAAGCCUUUGCUAUCGCCAUGAUGGGGAUGGGGUCUGCGAAGAAUUCGAGCGCAUGUACAGCAUCCGGGACUGCGGAUUUUACACACCGGAAGGAUUUCUCGACCAAUGGGCACGCAACGCCUCGGCUAACCCCGACUACCAGCUCCCAGAAUGCCCUGCGAGUCGAGUGAUAGGACCUCCUGUUAGGGAUUUGGUGUGUAAGCCUGACCCUGACCUGUCCGUGGCUUGGGCUCCCUGUGGCCAUUAUUUCGCUGAUAGUGAUUACUGGCUUCAAGUCACGUUUGAGCACGCCGUCGUCCCUGCUGCUGUGCUUGUUUAUCUUGCAUCCGACGGGCGCGCGGGUCCGGCCUACGACGAGUUCGUCAAGACUAUAGAGGUUGACCUGUAUGAUACUGAGGGGAAUAUUCACGAAUCUGGCAGCAAAGAAGUCAGUCUCUCUUGCAAAACAAACCCCGCCGUUGUCCAUAUUCGACACGACAUGACAAUGAAAUUCUACUAUAGCCGAAAGGUUCGACUCACCUCCAAGUCAUACAUGGUCGCAAUAGCCGGCGUAACCUUACGUUCGCUGACUUCACUGGAUCCCGUAGCCCUCGCAGGAUGCGGGCCAGAUGAGUUGUACAAUCCACGAACACAGCGCUGUCAUAAAUACAACUGCGAUAAACCUAAGUGCCCACCCCUGCUAGUCAAACGCGCAACUGUCAAGUGUGAGGGCGACAAGGAGGGUCAGCGGUGUGUGGUGACAUGCGCAAAAGGUUAUCGUCCCAGAAGGCCUUUCAAGAUGCUGUGUUUGCAUGGGAAGUGGAGAGGCGCGGUUGAUAAGUGUGUCCCAGUGGAUUGUGGGAUACCAAAGAUACCGAAUGCUAAAGCUAACUGCCCUAAGGGCACUAAGUUUGGUAGCACGUGCGUGUUCCGUUGUGUCCCUAAUGCCAAGAUGACGGGCCUCGAGCACUCCAUCACGUGUGAGGACGACGGCAAAUGGUCUGCACAGCAGUCCUUCUGCAUUAUGACAUGCGCAGUGCCCCCAAUCCCACCUAAUGCCCUUGCCAUUAGCGGCACAUGUAUUGGCGAAAAAGAGAAACGGUUUAUGCCAGGGGUGUCCUGCAAGUUCCGGUGCAAGACCCGCUUCCGGUUGCAAGUAAGCAAGGACGCGCCGUCCAAGAAAGUACUCAAAGUACGGUGUACCAAGGAGGGCACGUGGACUUUGAACUCCCACUGCGUGCCAAUCACGUGUCCAGCUCCGCCCCCGUAUCUACGUUACUGGUACAACUGCACGCAUGGCGACGCGAUGGGCAGCCUGUGUACAUCGUCAUGCCCUGAUGCUAAGUCUCAUCAAAUUAAGUGUGGUGGUAAUGGCUACUGGAGUAGUCCUUUCAUGAAGUGCAAGACGGCAGGGUCAUGUGGUGUCCCUCCCCAGAUCCCUGGUCUGAAGUUUACCUGCAGCGCCUACAGUCUGAAGGCCACAUGUAAAGUCACCUGCACUGCAAAGAAUUAUGAUGCUGUGGUCAAGGGCAAAGAAGACAUCUGGGGCGUGUCCAUUGCAUGUGACAGCAAGUUAAAGUGGGAGCCUGACCCUAUGUUGAUCACUUGUCUCAAGGAGUGCCGAAAGGAUAUAGGGGAUGGCUGGUGUGAUGAAAAGAAUAACAAUCAACACUGCCGGUGGGAUGGUGGAGAUUGCUGUGCAUCAACAACUAAGGAUCGCAUGGUGCGAAGGUCGCCACCACAUUGUGGAAAAGCAUGUGAUUGCCUGGAUCCAUCUGCCCUGGAAAACCGGAGGAUUGUAGCGAGUGGUGAUGGUAAUGGCCCGUCCCCUGAUGAUGAAGCUGAAGGCGCAAGCGGGGACCAGGGUAAUAGCCCCUACCGACUUGAGUGGAAGCCAAGUAAUGAUGAGACAAAGCAGUGAUGUUGAUUUUUCCAGGAAGGGAUUCUGACAUGACUUUUCCAGGAAGGCUUAUGACAUGGCAUUUUCCAGGAAGGGAUUCUGACAUGACUUUUCCAGAAAGGAAAUCUGGCUUUUCCAGGGAGGGCUUGACAUGGCCUUUUCCAGGGAUUCAGACAUUUCCAGGAAAGGACUCUGCAUGCUUUUCCAGGUUUUUGACAAGGGUUUUCCAGGACAGGGGUUUGAUAUGGUUUUGCCCCAAUUUCCAAAAGCCUCAGUUUCAUAAUCUAGAGACUUUAGGCACUUUGCAUCAAGCAGAAUGGAUUGAAGGGAUUGGCCAGGUCUCUGAUUAUGCACAGGCACAUAUACCCAGGAUUUGCCUGGGAGUGCACAGUCAUAGAUAUCUAUGAUUCAACUCACCCUGCAUGCCCCAUAGGUCUACAAGUACACUGUGCUCCAGUAUGCUUAAUAGGUCUACAAGUACACUGUGCUCAAUAGGUCUACAAGUACACUGUGCUCCAGUAUGCUCAAUAGGUCUAAAAGUACACUGUGCUCAAUAGGUCGACAAGUACACUGUGCUCCAUAGGUCUACAAGUGCACUGUGCUCCAUAGGUCUACAAGUACACUGUGCUCAAUAGGUCUACAAGUACACUGUGCUCAAUAGGUCUACAAGUACACUGUGCUCAAUAGGUCUACAAGUACACUGUGCUCAAUAGGUCUACAAGUACACUGUGCUCCAGUAUGCUCAAUAGGUGUACAAGUACACUGUGCUCAAUAGGUCUACAAGUACACUGUGCUCCAGUAUGCUCAAUAGGUGUACAAGUACACUGUGCUCAAUAGGUGUACAAGUACACUGUGCUCAAUAGGUGUACAAGUACACUGUGCUCAAUAGGUCUACAAGUACACUGUGCUCAAUAGGUCUACAAGUACACUGUGCUCAAUAGGUCUACAAGUACACUGUGCUCCAGUAUGCUCAAUAGGUGUACAAGUACACUGUGCUCCAGUAUGCUCAAUAGGUCUACAAGUACACUGUGCUCCAGUAUGCUCAAUAGGUGUACAAAUACACUGUGCUCAAUAGGUCUACAAGUACACUGUGCUCAAUAGGUGUACAAGUACACUGUGCUCAAUAGGUCUACAAGUACACUGUGCUCAAUAGGUCUACAAGUACACUGUGCUCCAGUAUGCUCAAUAGGUCUACAAGUACACUGUGCUCCAUAGGUCUACAAGUACACUGUGCUCAAUAGGUCUAAAAGUACACUGUGCUCAAUAGGUCUACAAGUACACUGUGCUCAAUAGGUCUACAAGUACACUGUGCUCCAUAGGUCUACAAGUACACUGCACCUGAUGCAGGUCAAGAGCUGGGCCAGAUUUCCUCUAAGAUCAUAAGAACUUCUAGCCUAGAAUACUCCACAUCUUUUUAUCCUUGGGUUCACUAAGAACAUUGUUGAAAUAAUACUUAUUUAUACUCUCUAUUCUUGAAGGAUAUCUAAAUUGACAGAGAAUCGAAUAUAAAUGCAAUAACUUCAAUGUAAUUGUAAAUUCCUGAUCAUUUUUAUACAAAUUGUACACAUAUACAAAUAAAAAUCAUCUGCAGGG